ACAUUAUAUAUUGAUGAAAAUCAUAAGGUUUAACUAAUCAUUCAUAUACAUUUUCACAGUCAAAAUAUGGGUGAAAUAGGUCCAUAUUUGGCAGUGUUUAUAAUACAAUUAAUUUAUUCUGGUAUGACAUUGUUGUCUAAGGCUGUGUUUAACGGUGGAAUGAAAACUUCUGUGUUUGUUUUUUAUAGACAACUUAUUGGAGCCAUUGUUAUGGUCCCUCUAGCUUUGAUAUUUGAAAGGAAACAAGCUGUGCCAGUGACAUUCUCAUUUAUGACCAUAUUCAAGAUUUUUAUGCUUUCAUUAUUGGGAAUUACUUUAACUCUGAAUGUGCAUGGUCUUGCUCUUUCUUAUACAUCUGCUAUGUUGGCUGCUGCAAUUGUUAAUUGCCUCCCUGCUUCUACAUUCUUCUUUGCUGUUCUCCUCAGAAUGGAGAAGGUAAAUAUAAGGACAAAAUCUGGAAUUUCAAAGAUAGGGAGUGUAUUAUUGUGCAUGGCUGGUGUAGCAAUCCUUGCAUUUUACAAGGGACCUCAGUUACAGGUUCAUCAUCUCCUAUCUAGAUAUCAUCACAACAAUCAACAACAUGAAGAUCAUUUUUCAUAUGACAAAAAAUGGAUUUUGGGUUCUUUACUCUUGUUCCUAGCUACCAUCAUGUGGAGUUUGUGGCUUGUACUUCAGGCUCAGUUACUUAAAAGUUACCCUUCAAAGCUAACAUUCAUGAGCAUUCAGAGCUUAUCAAGUGCAAUUCAGUCAUUUUUCGUUGCCAUAGCUUUUGAAAGAGAUAUUGAGCAGUGGAAGUUGGGAUGGAACAUGAGACUGCUAGCAGUUGUUUACUGUGGGACACUAGUGACUGCAGUUGCAUAUUACCUGCAAGCACUAGUGAUUGGUAAGAAAGGACCAGUUUUCCCUGCAACUUGGAAUCCACUGAGCUUUAUAAUCGCUACCAUUGGUUCUGUUUUGAUCUUGGGAGAGACACUGUGUUUAGGAAGUGUUUUGGGUGGGAUUCUGCUGGUUUUAAGUCUGUACACUGUUUUGUGGGCAAAAAGCAAAGAAGGAAUCACUCAUCAAAAUUCUUUACCUAUUCAAGCAUAUAAAGAAUGUGCAGACCAGGUGAAAACAGAUGUAGCAUGUAGCAAACCACCGCAAUGACAACCAUAGUUUUUCUUUUUUUGCUUUCUUCCCAUCAGAAUUCGAACUUUGGUCCGCCAUGAUGUUGGAGUA